AUGAGAGCAUCACUACCACAAGCUAUUGACUUGGAUACAGUACGGGAAGCAACUCAGAAAUACAGUACCCUACAAAGAGCAAUCCACUAUACAAGAUUUGGAACGUGGUACAUGAUGAAGACUGAUGAUAGUGAAGAUAUUGAUUUGAGUGAAUUGACAGCAAUCAAAGCUGUUCGUGAUGAGCUCACUGUACAUUCGGAUAAUAUUCUGCUUCGGAAUCAUCGUAUUGUAUUACCCAAAGGUCUAAGGCAGAGAGCUAUUGAUAUUACACAUGAAGGUCAUCAGGGUGUGGCCAAGACGAAAUCAUUUACACGCACCAAAGUGUGGUUUCCUGGCAUGGAUGGAAUGAUCGAAGAAGCAGUUAAGAACUGUGCAUCAUGCCAAACUCUCACUCCGGAAUUUCGUUCCGUUGAACCUUAUAAGAUGUCUGAGUUACCAUCAGGACCAUGGGAGAACAUCAGCAUAGACUUUUGUGGACCCUUACCUUCAAGUGAUUACUUAUUUGUCAUGGUGGAUGAAUACUCCCGUUAUCCUAUUGUCGAAAUAGUGAAGUCUGUGUCUGCAAGAUCGACUAUUCCGGUACUUGACAAAGUCAUUAGUACAUUUGGAUUACCAAAAACUGUGAAAAGUGACAAUGGUAGCCCAUUUCAGUCAUAUGAAUUUAAGCAGUUUGCAGAGAACAUGGGAUUUGUACAUCGACGGAUCACCCCCAGAUGGCCCCGGGCCAAUGCUCAGGCUGAGAGUUUUAACAAACCACUCAUGAAAGCGAUACGCUCUGCUCAUAUUAAUCAGCAGAAUUGGAAACAGGAAAUGUACAAAUUUUUACGGCAAUACCGUGCAACUCCACAUACGUCAACAGGACAAACUCCGUACAGACUACUUUUUAAUCGGGAACCAAGAACAAAAUUACCACAGACCUCGGAGAAAUCAGUUGAACUAGUUCUUGAUGAGAUAGUGAGGACACGCGAUAGUGAAGCGAAACGUGUCAUGAAACAGUAUGGUGAUCAAAGAAACCGUGCGAUGAUUCGUGGAAACAAACUGCAUCCAGUUUAUGACACAAACCCUAGGAGAGUGUCAGAUAAGAAAGGCUCGAUGGUGACCGUAGAUGACUCUGUUACAUGCAAUGCAUCGAGUUUCAAGAAAAUCAGUGAUCAUGUUCGUAGUGAUCUUAUGGACAAAGUGAUGUUAAAGUUCGAGGAUGAAGAUCUAAAGUGGCCAGAAUCAAAGUUACCCGAAUCUUCCAUGAGGAAUCCAAUUGAUGCUAGUCCAAAGCAGUGUGUGUCUGUAUCGCCUAAGGAUAAAGCGACUCCAAGUGUUACUUUGAGCCCGAAGACACCAGUUGUGCGCCGUAGUGGUCGAGAAAGGAAACAACCGGUCAGGCUGAAAGACUUUGUGCUAUAG